AUGCCCUGCUUCAAGGGCAUUGCGGUCAGCAUUCAUGCGAACUCUGCCCCGCUGCCAGAGUAUGGCAUGCAGAAGCAAUCUCGUCUCUCAAGAAUCAGUACCUACAUUCCUGUACCCCAACCUCAGCUCGCUGAGUCAAACAAACCCGAGCCUGCAAAAUUCGCCAUAUCCAUCACCCUUCUCACCCCCGGCCUGCCCAUCCCAUACUCGACCCCGAAGCCCAGUGAUGAUAACCCCUACCCGAAGCCUCAGUUCGUCGGCGGUCUGAACACCGGCGAUCGGAAUAAGUCCUCUGGUGUUGUGAACCCCUACAUUCCCAUGACCAACUCCGAAAACGAGACCAUCGCUGCCUACAUUUACUUUGACGGUAGAGCAAAGGAGGAAGUUGCUACUCUCCUGCGACCAGGUGAGGAAACAUGGGUCAACAGUCGCUGGGUCCAGGUCCCAGACUCUGAAGGUGGCGGUCUGGCCGAACGAGAAUUCCUAUUCCGCGAGGUUGGCCUCGAGCGCUGGCUCAACGGCUUGGACCUACAAGGCCAUGAUGCAGCUGAGAAGCUAGAGAAGCGUCGCCAGAAGUUUGAGAAACGCCGCCGACGACAACGGGCCAUGGAAGGGAACGCCAGUGCCGAUUUGGAACAGGGAUCUACAGGACGGAGGGACACACUACGCUAUGGCGCUGACGACAAGUCUCCUAUUGAGGCUGUCGUGGACGACUCUGAUUCAUGGUCCGACGACGACGACGAACCCCCUGAGGCGACUGGGCAGAUCAAGGUGGCUAUGUUCCGCGUGCUGGCCUCAGGCGAAAUCAAGAAGGGCGAAUACUCACCCCAGUUCGGUGCUCACGACGGCGACGAAGAUGACAUGGGCUCUAAGGAAGGAAAUGGCAUCGACGCCGACGUUGAACACACGACAAGUUUCGCGAAGCCCAAGACUCUUGAUCCGAAGACUAUCAGUACACAGACAGUCACGGGCAUUGACGGACCAGACAAGCCCUAUGCUGUCUUCACCUUCUUUUAUCGAGGAGAGCGACAAUUGCAAAAGAUCGGGGUUCUACAGUCCUCAAAGAACCCUCAGACAACCCCUGGAUCAGCCAAACGGAGGUCAGGUCAACUCGACUUCUCCAGCCUCGGACCUCUCAAGGCUGGUGGCACUGUCGGCUUCUCCGCUUUCCGCGACCAGGCUACCGAAGCCUCGAGACGACGCAAGGCUAGAAAGAAGAGCAAUGGAAAUAUCGCCGAUGAUAGCGACGAUGAUGAUGAAGAGGACGACGAGAACCUGGGCAAGAUGGAGGAAGUGUACGCAAAAGAUGUGAACGCCAAACUUGCGCCAGAAGACGUCAAAUUCCAGGGCGAACUUGCUGAGGGCGUGGAUCGUAUUCACCUUAAGAGGGCGCAUUCUGCAGACCCAGACAGCUUGGCCACACCGGAAUUGUCACAAACUCCGACCGCAGCUAGCGAAUCCACGUCACAAGCGCCUACCACAGGGGGGUCACCCGCCAACAAUCUUGUCUCAAACGCUGUAGGUCUUGAUACACCUAGCAAGUCAAUUUUCCAGAGUCCUCUCAAGAAGUACCGACCCAGUGUGGAUUAUGGAUCGGGAGGUCUGAACCUCUCAACAGGAUCUGGCUUGAAAUCAGAGGUAGAUCCAGCUGUUUCCGGGGGAUCUGAGUCAGGGUCAGGAACCCCCUCCAAUAUCGAAACCCAAAAACCGAAGGUUGAGGAUGAGGAAGAGCUAUGA